CUGAGGAUGGCUGCAGAGUUGUUCCCCACCAAGAAUCUGGUGUCCGCCUCCAUCCAGAACCAGAAUCAGAACCAGCAGCAGAACGUCAGCAACAACAACACCGCGCAGGGCUGCUGCAGCUGGCAGGGCCUGUACCCGACCAUCCGGGAGAGGAAUUCAGUCAUGUUCAACAAUGAGAUGAUGGCAGAUGUUCACUUUGUGGUCGGACCACCAGGAGGGACCCAGCGAGUCCCGGGUCACAAGUACGUCCUGGCUGUGGGCAGCUCUGUGUUCCACGCCAUGUUCUACGGAGAACUGGCCGAGGAUCAGGAGGAGAUCCGGAUCCCUGAUGUGGAGCCGCCGUCGUUCCUGGCCAUGUUGAAGUACAUCUACUGCGAUGAGAUCGACCUGUGUGCCGACACGGUGCUCGCCACUCUCUACGCCGCCAAGAAAUACAUCGUUCCUCAUCUGGCCCGGGCCUGCGUCAACUUCCUGGAGACGAGCCUGAGUGCCAAGAACGCUUGCGUUCUGCUGUCCCAGAGCUGCCUGUUCGAGGAACCGGACCUGACCCAGCGCUGCUGGGAGGUCAUCGACGCCCAGGCCGAGCUGGCGCUGCGAUCUGAAGGGUUCUGUGACAUCGACGUCCAGACGCUGGAGAGCAUCCUGCGGCGGGAGACGCUCAACGCCAAGGAGAUGGUGGUGUUUGAGGCGGCGCUGAACUGGGCCGAGGUCGAGUGCCAGAGGCAAGACCUGGAGCCAACCAUCGAGAACAAGCGGCUGGUUCUGGGAAAAGCUAUUUACCUGAUCCGCAUCCCCACCAUGGCGCUGGAGGAAUUUGCCAACGGAGCGGCGCAGUCCGGUGUUCUGACACUCAACGAAACCAACGACAUCUUCUUGUGGUACACGGCCUCCAAGAAACCGGACCUCCUGUUCUGCACCAAACCCCGGAAGGGCCUGUCGCCGCAGCGCUGCCACCGCUUCCAGUCCUGCGCCUACCGCAGCAACCAGUGGCGGUACCGCGGCCGCUGUGACAGCAUCCAGUUCGCCGUAGACAAACGGGUCUUCAUCGCCGGCUUCGGCCUGUACGGGUCCAGCUGCGGUUCUGCCGAGUACAGCGCCAAGAUUGAGCUGAAGCGUCAGGGUGUGCCCAUGGCCCAGAGGAUCAUCAAGUACUUCUCAGACGGGUCCAGCAGCACCUUCCCCGUCUGGUUCGACUACCCGGUUCAGAUAGAACCCGACACCUUCUACACGGCCAGCGUGGUUCUGGACGGGAACGAGCUCAGCUACUUUGGUCAGGAGGGCAUGACGGAGGUCCAGUGUGGGAAGGUAACCUUCCAGUUCCAGUGCUCCUCGGACAGCACCAACGGAACCGGAGUGCAAGGAGGCCAGAUCCCAGAACUCAUCUUUUACGCCUGA